CCCGCUCGCAAUUUAGCUUGGCAGUGCGAAAACAGGGUCGGGCAAAGAGACACCCGGGAGAAGAGAAGCCCGGGCGGCCUGAGUCGGCGGGCAUCCUCUGCGGCCGGCAGCCGUGCGGUGCGAGAGGCGACAGAGGGGAAGGCAAAGCAAAGGCGCUGCUCCUCCCUUCCCCGGCCGGAUACAUACUAUAAAACCCAGAAGGGGAGGAGAGGUACCUCCUUUAGGAAGUUAAAGGAAGAACACAGCAAGAGAGCACAAUGUCUUCAGUUUCAGCUUAUUACAAUGGAAAGACCGUACUUAUCACAGGAGCUACAGGUUUCAUGGGCAAAGUACUGGUGGAAAAGUUACUGCGCUCUAGCCCUGAAGUGAAAGUUGUUUAUAUACUUGUAAGGCCAAAGGCUGGACAGUCAAUGCAAGAGAGAGUGGCAAAUAUGUUGAAAUGCAAGGUCUUUGACAGAGUCCGAGAAGAUUGCCCUAAUUUCCACGAAAAGAUUAAGCCUAUUAAUGCUGAACUCACUCAGCCCAAGCUGGCCAUCAGUGCUGAAGAUGAGGAGGAGCUUCUGACUCGAGUCAAUAUUGUCUUCCACUGUGCAGCAACAGUUCGCUUUGAUGAACCACUGAAACAUGCCCUGCAACUGAAUGCUAUGGGAACGCAGCGACUUCUAGAGCUGGCCCAGCAGAUGCAGAAGCUUGAGGCAUUCAUCCACAUCUCCACCGCCUAUGCAAACUGUGUACGGAAACGCAUAGAUGAAGUCAUUUACCCACCCCCUGCUGAGCCAAAGAAGCUCUUUGAUUUAAUAGAGUGGUUGGAUGAAUCUAUCAUUCAAGACAUCACACCCAAGCUGCUUGGGGACUGGCCCAACACCUAUACCUACACCAAAGCCUUGUCAGAAUACCUGAUUCAGCAAGAGAAAGGAAACCUGAACAUUGCUAUCAUCAGGCCAUCUAUUGUGGGAGCUAGCUGGCAUGAGCCUUUCCCAGGUUGGAUUGACAGCUUCAACGGGACAAGUGGAAUCUUUGUUGCAGCAGGUAAAGGGAUUCUGCGAACCGUCAUCGCCAAUAAUGAAGCGGUGGCAGACAUGAUUCCAGUAGACGUUGUCAUCAACCUGACCCUCACAGCUGGGUGGUAUACUGCCGUGCACAGACCAAAAAACAUGUUGGUGUACAAUUGUACAACAGGUGGAAUCAACCCUUUCUUCUGGGGAGAAAUGGAGCAGUAUGUGAUGUCCACAUUCAAAAGGAAUCCACUUGAGCAGGCCUUCAGAACUCCCAAUGCUCACUUGACAUCAAACUACCUGAUAAAUCAGUACUGGAUAACUGUCAGUCAUAAAGCUCCAGCCAUACUCUACGACUUGUACAUGAGGCUCACAGGAAGAAAGCCCAGAAUGAUGAAGAUUAUCAAUCGACUGCACAAGUCUAUGAUGCUCCUGCAGUAUUUCUCCACCCAGUCCUGGGAUUGGUCUUCAGAUAAUAUGAAUAUGUUAAUGAGUCAUCUUAACCCAGAGGACAAAAAGUUGUACAACUUUGAUGUUCGUCAGCUGCACUGGUCAGAGUACAUUGAAAGCUACUGCCUAGGUGCUAAGAAGUACUUGCUAAAUGAGGACAUGUCUGGGAUUCCAGCAGCAAAGCAGCACUUACGAAAGCUGAGGAAUAUCCGAUACGCAUUCAACACUACCCUCCUAGUGAUCAUCUGGCGCAUUUUCAUUGCAAGGUCACAGAUGGCUCGAAACAUCUGGUACUUUGUGGUGAGCCUCUGCUAUAAGUUCCUUUCCUACUUCAGGGCAUCCAGCACCCUCAGGCACUGAAGCAGUCCAUCAGCAUCCAGCCUCUUCCACAAGGACCUCCAUCUCCUCUAAUCCACAACUGUGCCUAUCUAGGCCUGAAAUUAACAGAAAAUCCACUCCCUCCAACAGCAGCCUGCAUUUAUUGUGCACUGUUACAUGUUCACCUUUUUAAUUUGAAGUAAUGCUUUAAUACAUGGUGGUCUUUCUUCCAUAGGACCAGGCCAAUUUUUAAAGCCAUAACUGAAGCUUUAGGAGCAGGUCAAGCUGGAAUCUUUCAUCCAGAGUCAGAUGUGGAAGAGUAUGGAUUAACUAAAGUCACCGUCUUCCCAUGCACAGCCUAGGCUAUCUCAAUCCCACCUUCUUCCUUAAGCAAAGUUAAGGGCAUAGAAACUUGGAAGAAAGGUAUGUGAUCAGAGAAGAAACAGUUGAUAAAAUUAACCUGUAAGAGGUCUUCCUAAAGAGGCUAUUCUUUUAUUCACAUUCAGUGAAAUGGUACCUGAUUUUGUCUAUCAGCUACAGAGGGCUGAUACUUUCAAGCCAUAACUGAAGAGAUGCAUAGAAUUCAUGUAUCUGUUUUAACUGUGUUCACUCACAAGCUGCUUUAUUUUUCUCUCUGUAGUUAAACUGGCAGUUUAACUUCUAUUAUAAAGCCCUGCUCUUGCAUUUAUCAUUUUUGCUUGGAACUUUUUUUUUUUGUUGUUGUUUUUGUUUGAAAAAUGCUCUAUUUACUUUGAGGAUGAAGGGAAGACUUCUGAAAAGAUUGAAUAAAAAAUCUGAAGCUUUUUUUGAGAAAUAGGUCCUUUUUCACCCUCCUCCAUUUGUCAGUAGAAAAUUACUCUCCUUGUAGCUCAAAAGCAGCCUGUUACUCCCCUUUAAGCUUUCAUUAUGGCUAAAUCACUUUGCAGUUGGUCACUUGCACUGGCCAAGCAAGUAUAAAGGAGUGUAUGCAGUGAAUGCAAUCACACCAAUUCUGCUACCAUGGCUGCCAGUAGGAAUUAAAGAAUUCAAAACUUGUUUUUGUUGAGGAUAGGAAAGAUUUCAUCAACUUCUAUUUAAAACUGGUUAUGCUUCACAAAAGUAAAAUGUUUUGUCCUUUGUUGCAGUUUAGAAAGCACCUACUAAAGCCCAGAGCUAUAAGAGAUGUCUGUUUGACUUAGUGACAGAUGUCACCGAUAAUUGAAUUUUAGGUUUUUUCUAAGUAUGAAUUCCUGUGAGGAGAGAGAGAAAGACAACCUUCUUCAAAGUAGCUCAUGCAAUGAUGGCCCUACUACAACAGUAACAAAUUUAUCAUACUAGCAGAUUUUCAAAGUCAAAUCUAAUACUGGAUUUUUUUUUUUUUUUGAGUAAAUUGAAUAAGCACUUUAAGAUUAUAAGACUUCAAAACAACUACUUUUUGAAACACCUGCAGCAUUCAACUUGUCUAGUCUUUUGUCAUUCUAGAUAUCUGAAAAAGUACAACCCAAAAAUGAUUCUUUUCAGUGCUGAGAAUAGCAGAGCACUUACAAGGCUGGCAUUCUUUAAAAGCUGUACCUGUUUUUGGCAAUGAAGACAACAAGUUAUCACAACAGUAUAUUUUCUUCUUAGGUAUCCAAGCUGGUUCAGAAGUCUUUUUAAAAGAACAAGGAAUUAAUUUCCUCCGUGUAUUCCCUAGAGGUCUGGUUUCAAGCAGUUGCCAAAGGAUGCUUGCAGCAGAACCUGACCAGAAGCAUACUGUCCAAAAUAGCAGGGCUCUGCCGUUGCCUACAAAGGCCUCAGUACUUGCCACAUGUUGCUUCAGACCUAUGUUUAGGUAGGUUAAGCGGAUGGCUUACAAAGAUGCAGGGGUUUUUAAAUAAAAGUUCUUCAUUUGAAAACAUACUUGCACUGUACUAGUUGUGAGCCGAGUAUUUUCCAGCUCUAGAAAGGUUUGAGUGCGGUGCAUUGCAUAUUUGUAGCGUGUCACUGCCUGUGAAUUCAGGAGCUAUGGUUUCAGUCACCUAGGACUGGACAUGUAUAUCACAAAAGUCAGCUGCAUUAUAUUUGAAUGCCUGGCUAACUUGACUAUGCGGAGACUGCAUAGCUUUGGCAGAGUGAGGCAGGGCUCUGCAGGAGAUCCUCUCUGUUAAAAGUAUUUGCUCAAGUAAAUAAUCAAGUAUCAGCCAGUUUCCAGUCUUUUCUCAUAUGAAAUGUUAAAAAGAAAAGUGCAGACUAUUUUGAAAGAAGCUUAAUUAAAGGAAAAAUAGGCAAGAAUCCUAACUGAUAUCCUCAAAGUCUUUUUAAGUGCCUAUCUUAUGUAUAAAGAGAAGCAACAGCUAAGGGAAUCACAACUCUUCAGUUGUCCACAUGACAGACAAAAUAACAAGUCCUGCAGAACAGUCAGAUACUGCAGACAGCAGAGCACCUAUGACAUCUGGCUGAAGUACAUAUACAAAAUCUAAUGUUAUUGGGCUAGGAGUAAAGUCUCCUGCCGUCCCUCCUUCAAUCCUUGUCAUGCCAUGUGUUCAGCAAAUAUGCCUAUAGAGAUGUAUAAUUACUUGCACAGGUUGUGUUGUCCCAGUAAGUCUGAUACAUAUGUUUGCUCAGUAUCCGAACUGUAUCUAGAGCGUGUCUGGACCUGCAAAAAGAUGCUUCAGGUUCACUCAUACCGAUGGUGGUGACAUGUAUUAAAGCACUUCAGCAUUUUGCUGAAGGUAACAGAAGUAGCAAAGCUGCUACUCAUCCCUGCAAAACAGCGGGAACUGCUGGGGAUCUGCUGUGAGAAGCAUAGUUGUUGCAGAUGGUUCAUGCUCUCCUGGCAGACUUUCACAACAUUGCCCACAGCUGGCUCCCAAGCUCUGGCCUUACUUAAGAGAGACAGAGCUAUUAGCUUUCCUUAACACAAAGAUAACGUGGUGAAACAAGUUUCAACAAUCUUUAACCAUUUUCUUGUGGCUUUAGAUAUUUUCAGGUGAUUGUCUGAAUCGCAAAAGUAUUUCAGAAAAAUCUCAAUACAGAGAUUGACAUCUGGCAAUGACAUUUUGGUGACAGUCCUUGCUGCAAUCAUGGCAGGCUGGACUCGAGUUUAAAAUUUGCUCUGACCUCAAACAGUGAUUUACCUUCGGGGUUUUCCUGUGUGCAAAUGCACCUCAGUGCAUUUGCAUUUGCUCUGAAAAAAAAUCAAGCCUUGGGGAAUGUAUCUAAAAGAAAAAAGCCACUGAUAGCUACUUUUCUUUUUCCUUGUUCCAUCUCCCUCUCUUUCAUGUAUGUACACACCCUUUUGGCAAAUUGAAACCCAAAUACAAUUAUUAAGUUAAAUUAGAGGUCCUGCGGAAACCAAUAUUUGGGGACCACAUAUUAAUGUGAAAAACUCUGGAGUAGAUAUUACUCAUUACGGUUGAGGGCUAGAGAAUUAAUUUUAAUACUCAUAUGGUUGAAGCAGGACAAGGGUUAGAGAAUUAAUUUUAAUGCUCAAAUGGUUGAAGCAGGACUCAGGAUUUUUAUAGAGAUAGCAUAGAGGGAAGAGCCCCUUCAGCAUUUUAUUGUCAGUUGCGUUUCUUGUAUCAAAAUGCAUGAAUAAAAGUUCCCCCACCCCUUGUCAGCCUGUCCCCUAGCUCCUGGCAGACAGCACAGAGACCAAUAUUUCUGCACAGCCACUGCAGAAAAUAUCUGCGACAAGACAGUGCAAUGGGAUUAUCAGCUGUAAUCAUACCCCACAGACUACCCACUUACAGUGUUAGAAGCCUGCAUUGCUGCUACAGAAAUAACAUGGGAACACUGCUGAGAACAGUGUGCUAAUGUUUUUGUUAAUACUAUGCAUAUAUACUAGUCUGUAGGCUAAAGCUAUAAACUGCCAUGUGAAAGUAGUGAAACACUGAGUAUCAUUUUAUUGUCAAAUAGAGAUGGGCAUAAGUCAUCAAACUUGCAAUUAAGAAGCAUUUUUUUAUUAAAUAGCUAUAUAAAAAACCCAAAUCUCUAAAAUUAUUCUGAGUUUAAACUGCCAUUUGACUGACAAACAAGGCUGUUUAUCUCCAGUAAGUCUGUUGUAAAAAUAAAAUUUAUCAAUGCCGUCCCCUUCAUACACAUACACACACCAAAUAACUUUGUUAAGAAAACCCAAAUUGUUUAUUUCUUAAGAAACCUUCCUUGACCAGAGGAACAGACAUAUCUCUUUAAGAAAUUUAAUAUUUUUCCUUUUCCAAUAAAACAUGGUUGUAUAUGUUUUGUCUGUGUGUAUAUUCACAUUUUUCAGUACCCGUUUUCUCAUACAAAAUAAUGAGAUGGUAAAAAUAGUAGAUAUUGUACUGAAAUGCCAGGCUGUGCUUCUUUGGUAAGCACUGUUCUAAUUUAGUUAUGAUGAAAUGAUAAAACCUAUCCUUGUUUCCUGUACAAAGGAAACCUAGCCUGUAGUACUAUUAAAUAAUCAAAUCAUCAUCAUGAAUAAGCAACUGGUAAAAGAGGGAGGGGGACACUCUUUGGUUUGUAAAUAAGUUGCAGCUUCAUGUUUGAAAGCAUGCUAUUGCUCUUCCAGCAUUGCAGAAAGUAAGGAUGAACUCAUUACAAUUGGGCCCUUUAUUCUAGUGCAGAGUAAAUAAUAUACUGUACCUUCCCCUAAAGCUAUAUGGUAAAUAUCCCAUUUCCUGGUGCUAAACAUUGGUAAGAAGGUGGUUCAGACAUACCUAAGGAUGAUUAAAAAAAAAAAAAAAAAAAAAAAAAAAAAGAGAAAGAAAAAUAUUUGGGGAAUAACUAAAAAAGUGCUUUCCCACUUUUGUCUAUUGCUUAAAUAAACUGUAGAUUGAGUUGUUUUCUUCAGAUCAACAUGAAACUGCUUAUAAAAAGUUUCUUGUUCCUACAUAAUCUUGGCAGACCCCACUUUAUAGUAAAAUAUGUACUCUUCCACUGUCCAAAAUUUAUAUGGUUCUAUCUGCUAUUUCUAUAUUCUUGUUAGCUACAAAACAACUUAAUGUUAUAAAUCUUACUUAUAAAGUUUCUAAUUUAAGGGUGUAAUCUUUUGACCUCUCAAAUCUGAUAAAAUCACUAGUCACAAAUUAUG